GACUUUGGUUCUCGCGAGAUUUGGUAAAACAAUUUAGACGCCCUCUUUCGCUCAGUUCCCCCUCCUCCCCAGCCCUCCCUUCCCACGCCCCAGUGCGCCGUGGGAUAGUGGCACUAUAAAGUAUAUCCUCCCUCGGAGAAAGAUAAGAAGCCCGAGACAGGAGGGGGAUGAAGAUGGCGGACGCCAAGCAGAAAAGGAAUGAGCAGCUAAAGCGAUGGAUGGGCUCAGAAACGGACCAGGAGCCUCCUGUUUUCAAAAAGAAGAAGACGAAGGUGAAGUUCGAUGAUGGCGCCGUGUUUCUGGCCGCCUGCUCAAGCGGCGAUACCGAGGAGGUGCUCCGUAUGCUUGACCGGGGUGCUGACAUCAACUAUGCCAAUGUGGACGGCCUCACCGCGCUCCACCAGGCAUGUAUCGACGACAAUGUGGACAUGGUGACUUUCUUGGUGGAGCACGGAGCCAGCGUCAACCAGCCCGACAACGAGGGCUGGAUCCCCCUCCACGCCGCAGCUUCCUGUGGAUACCUGGACAUCGCAGAGUACCUCAUCAGCCAGGGCGCCAGUGUUGGAGUGGUGAACAGCGAGGGGGAGACGCCUCUGGACAUCGCGGAGGAGGAGGCCAUGGGGGAGCUUCUGAAAAACGAAAUCAACCGACAAGGGGUGGACAUCGAAGCGGCGCGGAAGGAGGAGGAGCGGAUCAUGCUGAGGGACGCCCGGCAGUGGCUCAACAGCGGUCAGAUCCAAGACGUUCGGCACGCCAAGUCGGGAGGCACAGCGCUUCACGUAGCGGCUGCCAAAGGUUACGUGGAGGUUUUAAAGCUUUUAAUCCAAGCAGGGUAUGAUGUAAAUAUUAAGGACUACGAUGGCUGGACUCCCCUGCAUGCAGCCGCACACUGGGGUAAAGACGAGGCCUGCAGGAUACUGGUGGAGAAUCUGUGCGACAUGGACGUCGUUAAUAAAAUGGGCCAAACUGCUUUUGAUGUGGCGGAUGAAGAUAUUCUGGGAUACUUAGAAGAACUACAAAAGAAGCAGAAUCUGCUGAUGAGCGAGAAGAAAGACGUGAAGAAAUCUCCUUUGAUUGAAACAACCACAACGGGGGACAACAACCAAUCACUGAAACCACUAAAGAGCAAAGAAACGCUGCUGCUGGAGCCGGAGAAAAGCGCUCCGUGCAUCGAGACCUUGGAGCCGGAGAAAGUGGACGAGGAGGAGGAGGGAAAGAAGGACGAGUCCAGCUGCUCCAGCGAAGAGGAUGACGAUGAAGAUUCAGAGUCUGAGACAGAGCCAGAGAAGAACAAGCCGUCUGCAGUGGUGAGCAACAGCACGGCGCCCACGUCCGCCAGCAUCACCGUGUCCUCGCCGUCGAGUCCCACUAACCAGGUGACGACUCCCACUUCGCCCUCCAAGAAGGUUGUCCAACCUGCUGUUAAGGUUUCUGCUAAAGUGGAGGAGGACAAAAAGGACGAGUCGCCGGCGUCGUGGCGUCUUGGUCUGAGGAAGACGGGCAGCUACGGAGCGCUGGCGGAGAUCACCGCCACCAAAGAGGCUCAGAGGGAGAAGGACACGGCAGGGGUGAUGCGCUCGGCUUCCAGCCCUCGACUCUCCUCGUCUCUGGACAACAAGGAAAAAGAGAAGGAAAAAGACAAAGGAACCCGUCUGGCAUACGUGGCUCCCACAAUCCCCAGGAGGCUGGCCAGUACUUCAGACAUAGACGAGAAGGAGAACAGGGACUCCACCCCCCUGAUCCGCAGCGGCUCUUACACCCGGCGGCGCUGGGACGACGAUCUGAAGAACAGCGAAGGGAGCUCCUCCAUCAACCGAACCUCCAGCUACCAGCGCAGCACGUCCCAUACGCUAGCGCUCGGGCGGAGCGGCAGCACGCGGGACGUGCCGGCCAAGUCUUCGUCCACCUCCAGCUUGGACCCUAACACCUAUAGUACUAAACCCUGGCAGCCACCCACCACCCACUACCAGUCUUACAACAUUUACCGCAGUGGCUCUUUUGACAGAAGACACGUGGACUUGAGCUCCUCAACCACUUCCUCUUCCUCCACAAGCACCGCCACCACUACUACCACCUCCUCCUCCUCCUCUUCAUCGGUUACCUCACCCACAGGCCACCGCGGCCUGUUAUCCAGCCUGGGCUCCUCCUCCACUCGAACUGGCUCCACCAGUCUCACCAGCAGGUACUGGUCAGAGGAGAGUGCAGAGAGGGAAAAGGAGAAGGAGUCUGCUGCAAUCAUCCCCACGAUAAACACUGGCUCCACCACCACCUCCAGCACGUCCACCACUACCAGCACGGCCACAUCCACCACCACUGCUACCGUCAUCGGCUCUGAGAAGCGCAGGUCAUAUCUGACUCCGGUGCGAGACGAGGAGUCCGAGUCUCAGAGGAAAGCUCGAUCCAGACAAGCGCGCCAGUCCAGGAGGUCCACCCAGGGAGUGACUCUGACGGACCUGCAGGAGGCUGAGAAAACCAUCGGCAGGAGUCGUCCCCCAAAGACCCGGGAGGAGGAGAGAGAAGAGAAGGAGAAGCAGGACAAGGAGAAACAAGAGGAGAAGAAGGAGACUGAAACCAAGGAGGACGAUUACCGGUCAAAGUACCGCAGCUUUGAAGAGCGUUACCGGCCUACUUCCUCGCUCACUUCUGCCGUUUCCGCGGUAACCACCGCCUCCUCCACCUCCUACUCGAGCUCCCUGUCCUCCGGCUCCCUCUACAGGCCCAACAGCCUGACGGGCAUCACCUCCUCCUACAGUCGCUCCUCCAGGGAGGCAGAGAAAGAAGCAGACAAGAAGGAGGACGAGAAGGACGGAGAGGACAAGUAUCAACCUCGCUCCAUUCGGGAUCGCAGGCGGCCCCGAGAGAAGCGGCGCUCCACCGGCGUGUCCUUCUGGACUCAAGACGGUGACGAGAACGACCCCGACCAGCAGUCGGACUCGGAGGACAGCAGCCUGAAGGGAGAGCUGCAGAGCGACAGACUGUCCAGGAAUGAGAGCACUUCAUCUUUAGAUCGCAACGACACUCUUCUAAGCCGCAGUUAUGGAGAAAGUCGAAGGCCGUACUCCAGCCGACUGGAUAGAGACGACACCACCGACUACAAGAAGCUCUAUGAACAGAUCUUAGCCGAGAACGAGAAGCUGAAAGCUCAGUUACGCGACACCGAUUUGGAGCUGGCAGACCUGAAGCAACAACUCGAGAAAGCCACACAGAGACAGGAGCGCUACGCCGACCGAUCCCAGCUGGAGAUGGAGAAAAGGGAAAGAAGAGCUCUAGAAAGGAAGAUUUCUGAGAUGGAGGAGGAACUCAAGAACCUCCCCCAGGUAAAGCAGGUUCAGGCCCUGCGGCAGGUCAAGGAGCGGCUGCAGGCCGAGAACCGGGCCCUGGCCCGCGUGGUGGCGAAGCUUUCUCAGUCGGCCUGCAGCCAGCUGCCCAACGCCGACCUCUAAAAGCCACACCCACCACCACCCCUCCACUUCUCUUUUCUCUCUUUCUGUCCAUCUGCGCUCUGCACCCAUAGACAGAUGCUCCCAGACUUGAAAGCGGACAACCAGAGACUAAAGGACGAGAACGGAGCGCUCAUUCGAGUCAUUAGCAAGCUUUCCAAGUAGAUCCGAAACCCCACCCACCUACUUGCCCCGCCUCCCGCUCCUGCUAGCCCCUCCCCCGUGGCAGCGACUAAUGGAAUUGCACAUUUAGAUAGAAUUGCAACAGACAUCAGAGAUGAGACUUCUCCCCUAUUUGUGUCAUCCAUCCUGCUGUCCCCAUGAAACCACAGUUUACAAAAAAAAUAAAAAUAAAAAAUCGGUCAGCAUGUGAGCGCAUCGUGGACGGGGAAGCCUGAAACUAUUUAACCAGUAAGCCUUAGUUGUACAUAAAAAGAUAAAAAAAAUUCACUCGCAUUCAUCUCCUCUGUCGGCUUCCACCCAACAAAUAUUAUCGCCACACUUGAUUUUAUUUGUGCCACACUUCCUGUCCCCUCCCCCCCUCUGCAUACGUGUGCUGUGCUGCCCCUCCCCCUCCUUAUUUAUCCACACUCGCACGCAGCCCCUCCCCCUCAUUUCUGUUUGUGCGAGAGGAGUUAGCGAAAAGAGGCAGCCCUAGUGGAAUUUAAGCUUUCACUGUACGUGCAAUAUGCAUUUUUCUUUUUAAUGCUUUAAAGAGUCCAUCAUGAGUAGGAUUUUUUUCACCGCCAUCGCUCAUUCUCCCUCCUUUUUCCUUUUACAUUUGUAGUCGGUUUAUACUCACUUUGUUUUAGCAGGUACUGAGUGAUCCUGUAUAUACCUGUAUGUAUUUGUUUGCGACCAGCACAUGGCAUGCGUUUAUGCUUCCCGUCUGUUACUAUCAAAGCAAAUUUCAAAAGAAAAAAGAAAAUAAAGUGUGUUUUAGAUAUUUUUCUUUUAUAGCCUGAAGGAUCGGACGAUCAAGCCCCUCCCCCAGGAGGAGGCGGCCGGCCGAGGUCAGGUUUUUUUCUCUCAUAAGUGUUCACAUGAUUGUGAGAUUUAAAACGGCUUCACCACAUUUCACUAUUCGGUAUCUGAAGAGUGCUGUCAGUUUUUUUUGUUUCCGAACUUUUAAAAAGCCAAAGUGUCGUCACCUAAAGAAGAGAAAUAUAUAUAUUAGGUAUGGCUAAACCGGGUCCUUCCUCCGACGCCGACGGAGGAGCAACGCCACCAUUCAUGCAUCUUCGUGCAUCUUUACGCAUUUCAGUGGCCUUUUUAAGGAUGUUUUAGUAAAAGAAGUCUCUGCUGAUGGACCAACGGCCAUCCUUUUUUGUUUUCUUUAUUUUUUUUCUUCCCUUCAUCUUGUAAAAUAGGUGUGUGGCUUAAAACAUGCAAGCUGUGCUGUGACUACAACCACUGAAGAGUUCAUUAAAAAUAGACUUGUACAUUGUAAA